AUGGCCAUGGACAGCCUCCUGAUGAAGCAGAAGAAAUUCCUCUACAACUUCAAGAACCUACGCUGGGCCCGGGGCCGCCAUGAGACCUACCUCUGCUAUGUGGUGAAACGUCGGGACAGCGCCACCUCCUGCUCCUUGGACUUCGGAUACCUACGUAACAAAUCGGGUUGCCAUGUGGAGAUGCUUUUCCUGCGUUACAUCUCCGCCUGGGACCUGGACCCUGGACGCUGCUACCGAGUCACCUGGUUCACCUCGUGGAGCCCCUGCUAUGACUGCGCCAGACAUGUGGCUGACUUCCUGCGUGCCUAUCCCAACCUGACACUGCGCAUCUUCGCUGCCCGGCUAUACUUCUGUGAGGACCGCAAUGCUGAGCCCGAGGGGCUGAGACGCCUGCACCGGGCUGGGGUCCAGAUCGCCAUCAUGACUUUCAAAGAUUACUUCUACUGCUGGAACACCUUCGUGGAGAACCGGGAGAGGACCUUUAAAGCCUGGGAGGGGCUGCAUGAAAACUCUGUCCGUCUGUCCAGGAGACUCCGGCGGAUCCUCUUGCCACUGGAUGAGGUGGAAGACUUACGAGAUGCCUUCAAAAUCCUGGGACUUUGAGGUGGGCAGGAGUGAAGGUCACAGAGAAUCAGAAGACUCUGGAAACACAUUGGUCCUACAAUAUCUCUCUUUCUCUCCCACUCACACUUUCUCCCCUUCCUUCUUUCCCUCCCUCCCUCCAGCCUUAAAUCCUCACGUCCUGAGAAAAGACCUUUCUUACUUCCCUUCCAAGGAAAAUUAGGAUGACCCACUAAAGACAAAAUUCCCCUGCACUCCCACUCCCACUCCAUCCAGCACUACUGCCUUGCUUGGGGAAGUCAGGACUGGAGUGAAAGCCCCUCACUGCCCUGCAUUGACGCCUGUAGUGUGUGUUUUCACUACAGAGUUAAUUCGAGUGAUCAAUACCCAGGUCUGAGCAUCCAGGUUGGCCUAGCCCAGGUGUGAGUGGCCACACUACAAAGCCCCAUCUGUGCUACUGUACGCUCACUGGUGCUGCACUCACCCAUGUGUGCCUCUAGGACUCCUGGGGCACAUCCCAGGGUUCUUUGUGCUCCAGUGAGCUGAACUGCCUCCUGAUUCUCUGCCAGUGAAUCGUGGGACAAUUGGUCUGUCCUUCUGGGCACAUGGGGGGAAUUGUGGGAAGGCAUUGGAGGAUGAAUAGUGAUUUAAUCUGUGCCCUCACUGCAGAGUGGGAGUGUUAUCAAUCAAGCGCAAGCCUCUCUCAGCCUUUAGCCUAUAGCCCCAGCUGUGCCAGCCAGGUCAGGUGUAAAGCAGCACCAACCUUGAGAGGGUUUGGCCAGGAGUUGGGUUAGGGGCAAUACAUGAAUAAAAGCCUGAGUUAACUCUGCUGUGAAGACAGACCUCUAACAUUUCCUGCUGAGAGAGGACAGGACUGGAUUAAUUGUGAGUCACCCAUCCUGUCUCCUUAUGCUGCCUCCUGCUGGGAGAGGCAUCAACUGGAGUUCAUGUGAGACUGCCAUGAAGCCAGCUGUCCUGCAUUGAUCCCCAUUGGGCCCCCUGCUAUGAAAAGGUGGGGGCUGCAGUAGCUGAGAGACUCCCAUUGCCAGCCCUUUUGUCCAGCUCUCUGCACUGCCUCCCACUUGGAGAGGUUGAGACUGGGAGACAGAACCCUAGAAAUUUGAGGUGGAGCCGCUCUGGCCGAAAGUUUCAAGGGUGUCCAUCUCUACAUACUUUGGACCCAAUUUGCAGAAGUGCUGAGCACCCAUAGCUCUCAUUGACUUCAUUGGUCCUUGACUUCUCAAACUGGGCAGUGAAAACCAGACGUCUAGAUUUAGUGGAGACUUUUGAAAAUGCUGGCCUAAAUCCAUUUCAUCUUCUUCACACAGCUCCCUCAGUCAGGGCAGGAUUGUCCCCUGUGGUCUAACCUCCGGGCCUUAAUCAAAUAUAACACUCCUAAGCAAUAGAGCUUCCAUUAUUUCCUUUUUGGGAGGGACUAUUCCAUAGCCAAUUAGCAGCUGUACGUUCCCCACAAGCAGUGUCCCUGCACGAUGCCAUACAACACCUCCUUCUGGGAAGGGCUGACACUGCACUAUCUGAGAUCUCCUUAAGCAGUUAGAGGUCCUGCACCAUUCCCAGUAGUGCUUCCUUUUGGGAGAAGCUCGAACUAGAGUGGUUGAGAGCUGCCCUACCGUUACAUUGCCCACCCCAUUCCCUACAGUGCCUCCUAAUGGGAGAGGUAGGAAGAGGACUAAUUAUGUGCUUUCCACACCCAAGUCUCCUGCACUGUUUCCUAUGGCACCUCCUGCUUGGGGAAACUGGAACUGGAAUAGCUGUGAAAAUUCUCUGCAAAGCAUUAAUUUCCAUGCAUGGUGCUGUAGAAGUGCUUGAUGUGAUGCCUGUUAAUGUUUGUACAUAUAUAUAUAUAUAUAUAUAUAAAUAAAUAAAUACAUAUAUAUCGAUAAAUAAAGUUCUUGUG